AUGUCUAGCCGACGUGUUCCUCUCUCCUCGAAUCCCAAUGUCGCCAACUCUCCCAUUCGCAGCCAGUCUUCUGCCCUGGCCUCCGUUCUGGGAAAGCACCGUCAGCAGAAGAGGGCUUAUGCCAGCGUCCAGCGGGAAGAGCACUAUGGCCAGCCGCCCCCAACCAAGAAAAAGCUCUUGAAUGAUGGUACCGAGCAGCCCCUCAGAUCUCCAGUCCGCCAGGUCAAGGUCAUUAGAAGAGACCUCUCCCGAGCCUACAAGGAUGAGAAAAUCUCCCAGGCCUCAAUCUCCAAGGUUGCUCAGCAGGAGGACGAGGCAGCACGCGUGCAGCGCUGGAAGGAGGCUACGCGGCAUAGCUUCCCCAGCUACGUCUUCUACUUUGAGAGCUGCCCUGCCGAGCAGAGGUCCAAGUUGGUCAAGCAGUUGACCCAGCUGGGUGCCCGCGAAGAGAAGUUCUUCUCGAAGGAUAUUACCCACGUCAUCACGACCCGCUCGAUCCCUACCGACAAGCCCACCCGCAUUCAUGCCGACGAUGCCUCUACCUCGAUACAGAGUCAGCGUGGCCAAUACGACAUGCCCAAGACCAUCGAUCCCUCACUCCUCAGCCGUGACACCAGCGUCAAGGAUAUCCGGAGGCGCCUUCUCGAGAGCACCAGGAAGGUCCCUGUGGCCCCCAUCCUGGAGGAGAAUGCUCCAAGACAGCCAGCUGCCUCGCGGCACACUGAUAUCCUGAUACGUGCCCAGGAGAUGAAGAAGAAGAUAUGGCACUUCAGCAAGCUCCAACGCGUCUUCGAGGUCAUGUUCGACCCGAACCCUCUUGGCUUGAGCGCGAGCAUUCCGAAGGCGGCCGAAGAGACCAACCUUGCGCAACUUCUCAACAAGGAGCGGACCAAUGGACCUUCUGAUCGCGACCCGACUGUCGCCACCAAGGAACUGAUCUACUUCAAGGGCCCGUAUAUUUACAUCUACGAUAUCGAGGAGAAACAGAAACCAAUCAUGGUCAGAGAGUACCCCAAGGUUGCCGACAAGAAAGAUGGGGAGUGGCCUCAAUUUCGAGCCUCCUCGGGCGGCCGAUGCCCCUUUGUGGAGGAUGAGGAUCCCGCAGAGCGCAAGCGUCAUGUGGAGAAGCAGGCUCGUGAGAAAGAGCGCAAGGAGAAGGUGGUUGCAGAGGCUGCUCCGGAGCACAAGCCGCCGCCGCCGCCGCCACUAGCAGCCCCGAUGGCCAGACCCGUCAUCGGAAAGAGAACUCUGUCCGAGAUGGAAGAUGGCCACAACUCCCGAGCCGGAUCUGUCCGCCCUCCGGAGAUGUUCGACCUUGCCAAGGCGACCAACCCACCUGCCCUCGAUUUCAGACCUCAGAAUGCCUUUACGAGCCGUGCCCAGUCUGCCCGCCUUUUCGCCGGUGAGCCCGUGGCGUCCGGUAUCCAGCCGUCAAAUAUUACCUCCGCAAUCCGGUCACAGAUGAUCUCGUCCGCCACAGGUGUUCUCGGUGCUAAGGCAGGCACCAGCAAGGAGCUACACGGCCUCCAACGCAAAGUCCUGCAGAAGAGCAACGCCACCUCGGCCAAUCUCUCGGCCAUUCCGACCUCUCAGGACCUGAGCUCCCGCCGUCUUGCGGAGGUAAGCCUGGACGCGGGUCACUAUCAACGAUCGGCGAGUCUCGGCCACGGUCCUCGAAAACUCGGCCAGGCUGGUGACGACCAGUCAAAGGAGCACAAGCGGACCAUGAGCGUCCCGGCUGCCGUCCCGACGGCCAAGACAAAGAAGCGCGACCUCAAGCCUGGCUACUGUGAAAACUGCCAGGACAAAUUCAAUGAUUUCGAGGAGCAUAUCCUGUCGAAGAAGCACCGGAAAUUCGCAGAGAAUGAUAGGAACUGGUCCAGGCUGGACUCUCUGCUGGGCCAACUGGAGAGAACCCCGAAGUACGCCGACGACGAGGAUGGAGAGAAUUCGGAUUAA